GCACAAUAAAAUAUGUGAAUUGGUACAAAAUAGCUGCACCGGCGAAAUGUGUUGUACGGAAAGUUGCAACAUCCUGUAACAUAAGCAGAAAUCCCGACUUUUACUUCUAAUGUCCGAAACAGCUGACCAAUCUGCUGCCCUCGAGCAAUCGGAGCAGCCAAGCACCCGUCCACAGUUUGGCAAUCGGUUCCUUUCGGCCGACGAUGAUGUUUUCCAGCACAAUGCUUGGGACAACGUGGAAUGGGACGAGGAGCAGGAGCAUGCCGCCCUGGAGGGUGUGAAGAAAAACUCAUCCAUAAAGAUGCCGGAGGAGGAUGUAGCGCGUUUGGAGGAGGAAGCUGACCAAAAUUGGGAUCGAUUCUACGGUGUGCAUCAGAAUCGGUUCUUCAAAGAUAGACACUGGCUGUUUACGGAGUUUCCUGAGCUGGCACCCUUCAAACCUUCCGCCAAUGUUCCCGAGCGUGUGCUGCCGGAUGGGGAAACUGUUAGCAGGACGGAAGCGUCGGCCCCAGCAGCGGAUCAGCAACGGAGAACGAUAUUUGAGAUCGGAUGCGGUGUGGGAAAUACGGUGUUUCCGAUUCUGAAGUACAGUGAUGAGGAGAACCUGAUGGUUUAUGCGAGCGAUUUCUCCCGCCAAGCGAUCGAUAUCAUGUGUCAAAGCCCGGAGUACGAUACGAAGCGGUGUAAAGCGUUUGUACUGGAUGCGACAGCCGACCGGUGGGAUGUUCCGUUCGAAGAGAAUAGUAUCGAUAUAGUGGUACUGAUAUUCGUCCUAUCGGCAAUCGAUCCGGAACGCAUGCAACACGUGGUAAAUCAAAUCGCUCGCUACCUCAAACCCGGCGGAUUGGUGAUGUUACGCGAUUACGGCCGAUACGAUCUUGCCCAGCUAAGAUUCAAACCAGGCAAAUGCCUUAAGGAUAACUUUUACGUACGUGGGGAUGGUACGCUCGUCUACUUCUUUACCCAAGAAGACCUGAGAACACUUUUCACGAAAGCGGGCUUAAUCGAGGAACAAAACAUAGUCGAUCGACGGCUGCAGGUAAAUCGUGGCAAGUUGAUAAAGAUGUACCGCGUCUGGGUACAGGUCAAAUUCCGCAAACCUAACAAUCCUCAGUAGAACCUCAGGCGGAUGUUGCUUUUGAUACGUCAACAUUUGUUUAUUGGUGGGUUUUAAAGAGCUAAAUACAAUUAACGAUUACACAGUUUGAGACGAUAAAACAAUUGCUUUUGCGUGCGGUUCGCUACUCUUCCUAUUCCUCGAUAUGCAUGUUUUCAUUGUAAAGCUCGAUGAAGUCGGCAAAACUGUCUGCGUAAUAGUUCGGCAGCUGGUCGGGAUCGUUCUGUGCCAGUAGAACAUCUUUCGGAGUGCCACCGCUCAGCAUCAGCAACUUCUGGAACCCACAGCGUGUACCGAAUCCCAUGUCUUGUGGCAUCCUGAAGCGAAAAGACAAACCACCAUUAGGCUCACAUCUUUUGGCUUAUCAUUUGCUCAUGCUGACACGAGACACGCGCCCGGAAAUUAAAUUAAGUGCCGCGUUAUCAGCUAUCAGCGAUGAUUGAUUAAAGCGCUAAACAAUCGUUCUUAUCAAA